GAUCCCGUCAACUUACAACUCACAUAACAUAGCAGGGAAAAAAAGAGCUCCAUCAUCCUUCACUUCUAUUACUUCGAGUCAAUGUUGUUGUUUUUGUUGUUUUUCUAGUCUCUCUUUACUCCGCUAUUAUUCCCAUUCUUUGACCCACGAUUGGAAAUUAUUCACGUUCGGCAUUUGCUACUUAUUAAAUACGAGACAGGGGCAGGACCAGAGCACGCACCAGUCCAUGAACCAGUCCACGACCAAGCAAUUUUAGACUUAGGUUUCGACAACGAGAACCGUGAUCCGCGAUCCGUGAUAACCGUGAUAGAAUGCAAAUGCACCUGAUACAGUAAUUCCUGCCAACGCCUACACCUACACCUACACCAUCUAGUCCCUCCGUCCCAUCCACAACCACCCUCAACCAACAUGCCUCGGAAUCGGCCUGCUACAACAGGCUAUGAACGUCUAGCUCAGGCCGAUCAAUUCAGCGAUGAAUCCGACGACGACAUCCUGGCUCAGAGUUCUGCCUCUCUUCAACCCCAAUCUGCUCCACGAUAUGCACCCAUUAAUCAACCGAGGCCUCACUCGGGCAUGACCUCACCCAAAGCCGCCCCGAAACCGAAGUAUCGUCCGAAACGAAUGCGGAGCAAUUCUGGUGUUGACCUCAAGGCUAUCAACGCACGCUUGGAACGAUGGGCAGAUGAAAUCGCUUCAAAAUUCAAAAGUCGGAAGGGGAAGGGCGCCCCGGGUGAGGAGGAGCGUCUAGAGAUUCAUUAUAGCGUCUUCCAACCCCCUGAGGGCGUACGACCCGCGACGGCGGAGACUCUUGCUACUAUGGCCGAACCUGCUAUGUCCAAGGAUGAGUUUGAGGCUAUCGUGGAGAGCGUGCGUGAUGCUAUUGAUCAAGGCAUGCAUCCCAGUAUGAUUACCCAGGGAAGCUCGGGGAGUUAUUUUGCAAGGAAUACCGAUGGUAAGAUCGUCGGCGUAUUCAAGCCAAAGGAUGAGGAGCCCUAUGCAGCUGGAAAUCCAAAGUGGAACAAAUGGAUUCAUCGGAAUCUGUUCCCCUGCUGCUUCGGCCGAGCAUGUCUAAUCCCUAAUCUCUCAUACGUGAGCGAGGCGGCAGCGUACGUCCUCGAUUGCCAGCUUCGCACCCACAUAGUCCCUUACACCGACGUCGUUUAUCUGUCAUCCAAGUCAUUCCACUAUCCAUACUGGGACCGCCGAAGUUUUUACAGGAAGAAGAAGCCCCUUCCCUCGAAGCCAGGAAGUUUUCAAGUUUUUCUUAAGGGAUUUAAGGAUGCCAACGUAUUCCUGAGGGAACAUCCGUGGCCGGACCAAUAUUGGUCUAGCUUUCGUACAAACGAUACUCAUCGACACAAGCAAAGGAAAUGGGCGGAUAACUGCCGGCCUACUAGUAGACGGACCCGUAACGAUGAUAGUGAAAGCGAGGACGAGAAUGGCAUACCUGAGCAAAGGCCUCUUGGACCGAAUAAUUUCAUGUGGACCGAAUCUCUAAAGCAGGCAUUCCGGGAAGAGCUCGAGAAGCUCGUGAUUCUAGAUUACAUCAUGCGGAAUACGGAUAGGGGUCUUGACAAUUGGAUGGUUAAGGUUGACUGGGAAACCCAAGCAGUCUCGAUUGCUUCAGAUCCACCGCAACUUAACAUGGAUAUCCCGGAAGAAGAAGACGAAGAAGCACCAAGACCGGUCGAAAUGCCGACGAGAAAUAAAUCACGAAGUCCCAAUCCUUAUAAAGCUCAAAAGCCCAUGAACGCGGCCGGUACGAGGAAAGUUCCCGAUCCUAAGAUAUCAAUCGGAGCAAUCGAUAAUUCUCUAUCAUGGCCGUGGAAACAUCCGGACGCAUGGCGAAGUUUCCCAUUUGGUUGGCUCUUCCUCCCCGUUGACCUAAUCGGACGGCCUUUCUCCCAGAAGACGCGAGACCACUUUCUCCCUCUUCUAACUUCUACGCAAUGGUGGAGCCAGACAUCGCUCGAACUACGGAAAGUCUUCCAACUCGACCCGGAUUUUCAGGAGAAGAUGUUCUCUCGACAGAUGGCGGUGAUGAAGGGCCAGGCCUGGAACGUCGUCGAGACGCUCAAAACCCCAGAUCACGGCCCGCUGGAGCUUACGCGACGCGCAAGAGUAUGCGUCUGGGACGACCUUGUCGAAGUUCCAGUCGCCGUGCCCAUGCGCGCCACGUCAUCUGACAUCCGCCGAAAGGCUGAGGCUGCCCACGGAACAAUACAGGAGGAAAUGGACAUUGGCGCAGCUAACUCGUCCUCCGCACCUGCCAACGUAGACGACCUCCUCGGAUUCUCUAGCCCUCUGCCGAACCCGGGCCGCUUCGAACUCGCAAGCCCCCACGACCAAUCGCCAGACCGUACUGAGGCUCCCACUCCUAACGGCACGUCCCAGACCCUAUUCGAUGCGCUUGCGAUCACGGAAACGCCCGCUGCCAAUCGCCCGAAACUCGCGCGCAACCCUAGGUCCAGUUAUCAGGGCCCACCCCGCGCUCAGAUGAAUAACAUGUACUCGCCGCGCCGCGAGCGCAGGUACUCGGCGACGACGGCAAGCACGCCGCGCAACGGAAAUGUCGCGGCGAAACUAUUGUACGGGAACGGGAACGGCUACUUGGAAGACGAAGAUGACGAAGAUAUCGAAGGGGACCUGGGCUACGCGGCCGCUGAGACGAUGGAUGGGAAUAGAAGGAAAGUAAUUGUGGAGAGGCUUGAGACGGUGAAGGCUAGGAACCCGGUGUUUACUUGGUGUUAAUGGGGAUGAUGUGUGAAGAUGGAGAGGGUAGACGUGAUUUGUCGAGAGAGAGAAGUGAGAUUGCUAAGGCCUAAUAGCUUUGCAAAAUGUUGUGAUUGGUGGGCGAAACAGAAAAAACGAAAAAAAGCAAAAUAAGAGGGACUAACUACA